GAGAGAGAGAGAGAGAGAGAGAGAGAGAGAGAGAGAGAGAGAGAGAGAGAGAGAGAGAUGGCAAAAUUCUCUCUAAUCUUAUUUUCUCUCGUUAUCUUCAUCUCAGUCACAGAAAUCGCUUCUCAGAGACGGCCGUGGUCGAGGUGUGGGGAGCUGAGCCUGGAGAACGGGAAGGUUAGGAUCAAGAACAGAGGGAGAGUAGCGAAGUUUAGAUGCAAAAAAGGCUUCACUCGGUUUGAUGGGGACAGAUUUGCAACGUGUGUCCGGCAGCAGUGGAAUGGACGUAUCCCUAAGUGUGUUAGGCGCGGGUGUUCCUACCUGACGCCCCCCCAGUACGGUGAGUUGGAUUAUCUGAACAACCAGGCCGUGGUGAGGGUGACCUGUGACCCUGGCUACACUCUGAAGGGUCAAGACAUCAUUGUUUGUAACUCACGUGUAUGGAACGCCACGGUGCCCGCUUGUCAAGCCUCCUACACCUCCCCCCCCAUGGCGUGCACCUUCGAGAGAGACACGUGUGGGUGGACCAACUCUCCGCACAACCAUUUCUUCUGGGAGUUGAAGUCCGCGGCUUUGCUUCACCUCUUUGACCAGGACAACUCCCCUGUCACCGACCACACGCUGGGGACCGCUGCUGGCAAGUUCAUGAUAGCAUCAGCAGCAAUAUCAGCCGCCGUGGGAGCCAGUGACGGGGAGGGACCGCGCGCCACUCUCUAUUCCCCUGUGUAUAAAGCUGCCCCUGGAGGAGUCGCCUGUUUCACCUUCUUCUACCACAUCUACGGGGGACGAGGCACGGGCGAGCUGCGGGUGUAUUUGAAGCCCCAGGACAGAAGCAUUGAGUUUGUGGCACCAGAUUUUCAAACCAGCAGUCGGUCACACGCCAGCUGGGUCAGACAGAGACUCGUCUUCACUAACGUGACACAACCCUUCCAGAUCGUGUUUGAGUCAGAAGAGCAAGGCGUUUUCUAUAGUGACGUGGCAGUUGAUGAUGUUAUAGUGAACUACGAUAGAAUGUGUACUGCUACUACUACUACUACUACUACUACUGCUGCUGCUACUACUAUUACUACUACUGCCAAUGCUACUACUGGUGAUGUUAAUGCUACUACUACUACUACUACUGCUACUGAAGUGCCCCUAACUGUUAUCUACGAGAAUACUACACUUGUUGAUAAUACCACUGCUACUACUACUACUACUACUACUACUACUACUGCUACUGCUACUGCUACUGAUUUCUCUUUCCUCCUCCUCCUCCUCCUCCUCUUCCUCUUCCUCUUCCUUCCCUUCCUCCUCCUCCUCUUCCUCUUCUUUUUUCCACUCUACCUCCCCCAGGUGAACAUGCCCCAAGAAAUGCAUUGA